AUGGACGUGACUUUCGAGACGCCAGGGGGGUUGCAGUUCACGGUCGAGGUGUGGUACUUCGCGACGGUGCGGGAGAUGAAGGAGGCGGUCUGCAGGCGCGAGGGCAUCCCCGUGGCAUCGCAGCGGCUCUUCUUCGACGGCCGCGAGCUCGACGACGGCCGCGACGCCACGUACUACUCCAUCCUCCAGGGCUCACGCGUCCUCCUCCUCCACGACGAGACCCCCUACCCCGCCGCCUCCUCCGCCAGCGUCCGAGUCAUCGUCGACUCGCUGGCGGUAUGGCGCCUCAUCGAGAUCGACCUCCGCGCCUCCGACACCGUGGCGCGCCUGAAGGAGCUCCUGCAGGAGCGCACCGGCGGCUUGCUGCGAGCGGCCAGGACGGCCCUGUUCUUCGACAGGGAGGAGAUGGAGGACGGCAAGACGCUCUCGGAGUACGACCCGCCGGAGUACGGGAUGGAGGUCUGCGCCCAAAUGGUUUAG